AUGGCGGCCAGUAGCAAUCAGGUAGAGGCUGAAAUUGAUGAAGAGCAUGAAAUUACGUACGGUGAUUUUAGGGAAGAGCUACUCCAUAAACUCAACGAACUCAGAGAAUCGAAUUCUCUCUGUGAUACAACAAUUCGAGCCGGGGGAAAGGACUUCCCUGCCCACAGAUGUGUUCUGUCAGCUGCAAGCCCUUACUUCCGGGCCAUGUUUACAAGUGAAUUGGGGGGAAAAGAAAGUAACCUUGUCGAGUUAAAGGGGAUGAAAUCUGCCACGAUUAGCGAUGUUCUUCAUUAUAUUUAUACCGGUGAAACAGCAAUCGACUCUUCCAACGCGAAAGAUUUGGUCGAGGUCGCUUACUAUUUGAGAAUACCAACUUUGAAAAGGGAAGCUGCAGUUUUCAUCCAGAAUGAAAUGAUGAAUGUUUCCAAUUGUUUAGCUUUAGAAUCGUUCGCUUCUAAGUACGAUUGCCAGCAACUAAGGCAAGCUGCAGUUUCUUUUCAAGCUGAGAAUUUUGUAGACUUCUCUAGAUCUGAAGAUUUCACUUUAUUUGAUUCGGAAAAAGUACAAGAACUGAUUUGCAUGGACGAGAUCAACGUGGCUGAAGAAGAGGAAGUGUAUGAAGCAGUGAUGGCCUGGGUGAAACAUGAUCUACCAUCCAGGGAGUGCACCCUUCCAGAAUUGUUGAAAUCUGUUAGAUUGUUUUCAAUGUCAAAAUCCAGUCUUCGAAGAAUACUUGAUCAAGAGCUGGUUUCCAAAAGUCUCGCGUGUACGAGGAUCGUAAUGAAUGCAUUGGAUUUGUUCCUGUUCCCGGUGCUCUUGCAGGCCAUUUCACUCAAACCUCGCUCAUCAUUAAAUAAUUAUGAAGAUGUAGUGGCACUCACUGGUUAUGAGCUACGAUCUGAUGAAAAUAAUAAAAGCAAAAUUAAUUGUUUUGUUCUCAGUACUAUGACCUGGGAGUCCCUCCACGUGAUACCUUUCAACAACAACCAUCACGAUACCGCUGUGUGCGGAGGACUCUUGUACGUAGUGGGAGAUUUUGACUCAUCUUCAAUGAGUUGUUUCAACCCAAAGCUAAAUAUGUGGAGCACUCUUGAUACAACAUUGACUGGCAAAGACUUUACAGUCACAUCUGUUGAUAAUGAGCUCUUUUUGAUAGGUGGUGAGGAUUCUUGGCGUGAUGUUCAAAUAUACAAUCCAGUUCUUAAAGAGUGGAGACAAGGAGCAUCAAUGAAAGCUGCUCGUGCAGGACAUAAUACAGUUUUACUUCAAGGACAUAUUUAUGUCAUUGCUGGUCACAAUGGUGAGUGCUGUCAGAACAGUGCAGAGUGUUACAAUCCAUUAACUGACCAAUGGGCUGAGAUUUCAAGUAUGUCUGAUGUUCGAAGGUCAGCUGCUGCUGUGGCAGUUGGUGGAAAGAUUUUAGUUGUUGGAGGAUUUGGUGACAUGUCAUUUCACACUGUAGAGUCUUCCUGUGAGAUAUUUGAUCCAACUGUCAACCAGUGGAGUCUGGUACCUAGUCUAAGUAUUCCUCGUGCUAGAAGUGGUAUUGUGGGUGUAGGAGACACUGUUUAUUUAUUUGGAGGUGAAGAUGAAAAGGAAUCUCAGAGUGAUGUGCAAUGUUUUGAUUUAAAUACAAGUAAGUGGAAUGAAAUAUCAAAUAUUCCAAGUUAUCCUUUUACUGGCAUACGAGCAUCUUUGCUUAAAUUACCCAAAUGCUUUAUGGAAAAUGGUUACAGAAAUCACAUCUCGAAAGGGUGGAAGAGUUUCUCAGUUUUUUACUAGAAAUUCCAAUAAAUGUCAAUGGGCUAAAGGGAUCAGGGAAAUAAUUGCUCUGAUUACUUUACCUGUACAACAUAAUUGAUACAUUCUGUAUUAAAUGAAAAUUAUGACAAAGUUUUUCAUUUGAGGUGGUAUUUUGACGGAAGUAUUUCAGUGGAUAGUUUACAGGAUAUUGACAUCUUUGUUACCAGCCGUGUCAUAAGUCAGUCUUGUGGCUCAUUAAUGUGAAAUGUUAAAGUAGGCUUAAUUGAUUGAUUGAUUGAUUGAAUAACCAACAUUUUCUUCUGAACAAAGACAUGUGACUAAAGAAAUGUUCCAUUUUGGGUGCAAACAGGACUUAAUUGAUUUUCAAAACCCUUGAAGGGUUAAGUUUAUUACUGUUUAGCAUUUGGUGUUAAGGUCUUAGUGAAAAAAUUCUCAAUUAAAAAAAUGCAGGAAGCAAUUGAAUACCUAACCAGGUUUUGGUCGAUUUCCUUUUAAAUAAGGUUUGGAAAUUCAUUAUUUUCUUAAUUAGAGCUAAAAUUUCAUAGAUGCCCCUCAAUCUCUAGACGUUUGGUAGCAAAACAUGUCAAUUGUUUACAUCCUCUGAGGACUUUUCUCUCUGUCAUGUGUCCAAAUUGCUCAGAUAACAAUUGCAAUUAAAUUGUUAUGUCAAAAUCCAGUCUUCGAAGAAUACUUGAUCAAGAGCUGGUUUCCAAAAGUCUCGCAUGUACGAGGAUCGUAAUGAAUGCGUUGGAUUUGUUCCUGUUCCCGGUGCUCUCACAGGACAUUUCACUCAAACCUCGCUCGUCAUUAAAUAAUUAUAAAGAUGUAGUGGUACUCACUGGUUAUGAGCCACGAUCUGAUGAAAAUGAUGACGACAAAAUUAAUUGUUUUGUUCUCGGUACUAUGACCUGGGAUUCUCUCCCUGCGAUACCUUUUUACAACGAGUAUCACGAUACAGCUGUGUGCAGAGGACUCUUGUAUGCAGUAGGAGAAUUUGACUCAACUUCAGUGAUUUUUUUCAACCCAAAGCUAAAUGGGUGGAGCACUCUUGAUACAAAAUUAAACUGCUGAGACUGUACAGUCACAUCUUUUGAUGAUAAGCUCUUUGUGAGGAUUCUUGGCACGAUGUUCAAAUUUACAAUCCAGUUCUUAAAGAGUGGAGACAAAGAGCAUCAAUGGAAGCUGCUCGUGCUGGACAUAAUAAUAAUUGAUAUAUACUGUAUUAAAUGGAAAUUAUGAUAAAGUUUUUCAUCUGAGGUGGUAUUUUGAAGGAGGUAUUUCAGUGUAUAGUUUACUGGAUCUUGAGAUUUUUGUUACCAGCCGUGACAUAAGUCAGUCUUGCAGCUCAUUAAUGGGAAAUGUUAAAGUAGGCAUGAUUGAUUGAUUGAUUGAAUAACCAACAUUUUCUUCAGAUCAAAGACAUGUGACUAAAAAAACAUUCCUAUUGGGUGCAAACAGGACUUGAUUGAUUUUCAAAACCCUUACAGGAUUUAGUUUAUUACUGCUUAGCAUUUGGUGUUAAGGUGUUAGUGAAAAAAUUGUUAAUUAAAAAAAAAUAUUGGAAGCAAUUGCAUACCUAACCAGGCUUUGAUCAAUUUCCUUUUAAAUAAGGUUUGGAAAUUCAUUCUUUUCUCUAUUAGAGCUAAACUAGCAAGGAUGCCCCUCAAUAUUUAGAUGUUUGGCAGCAAAACAUGUCAAUUUUUUGCAUCCAUUGAGAACUUUUUUCUCUGUCAUGUGCCCAAAUUGCUCAGAUAAAAAUUGCAAUUAAAUUGUUAUUAACUGUUGAGGCUGUGCUUUAGCAAAGCUAUGGUGCUACAUCAAUUAACAAUUGGUUCAUAAGUCAGCUGUGCAUUUAUCGAGAUAUGAAGCACUUGGGAAGUUUGGAGGCAUAGCUGAGAGCAACUCUAGCAUCUUUCGUGCUCUCCAAACUUCCCAAGUGCUUCAUAUCUCGAUGAAUGCACAGCUGACAUAUGAACCAAUUGUUUUAUAACAUUUUAAACCUGAUGGUUUAAAUGUUGUAAAAGGGUUAAUAUUCCCUCUGCUACACUUCAGUGUGUUGAUAAUUUUGUUUCAGGAAAACAUUUUGCUACACUGUAAACAAUCUUGUCUUAGAUUGGUCAAAAAUCUGACAGGUUAAUUCAUGCAUGUAAAUGAACUUUAUUUUCUGAUUGAAAACAAAAUUAUCUUAUCCAAAAGAAAAACAAAGAUGCUGUUUCAUUGGGAAUUUUUUUUUCUCUAGGGAUUUGUUUGCUGAUGUCAUGAGUGUGCACAAUAGGAAUAUGAAGCAUGCUCAUGCAAUUGAAUUUGAUCAGACAUUUUACUAGCUAUGUUAUAACUAAAUUUAGUCUUUUGGUGAGUUGUGUAACUGUGUUUUGUGUUGUGUUUUAUAUAAAGAAUGAUGCCUUAAAAACGUAAACAGACCUCUUAUCCAUAAAUAUGCACAACACAAAUUAUUGAACUAUCAUAUAUAGCUAAGCUAUGGAACAUUUUGUACCAAAUAUUGAUAAUAAUAAAUCCCACAAAAAUGAAUGGAAUAAUUAACAUGAAGUUUACAUUCUAUUUACAGUUAACAAUAAAUUUUGAUUAAGGGAGCUGAGCACCCCAGAUUUAUGUGACUUAGUAGAAGAGUUUAUAGGAUAUAGUACUAAGAAUACUGAAUUAAUAGAUUGGGUAUUUCCCUUUUACAGUCAAACUCAAGUUUGAACAAAACAGACACAAUGAAAGAUUAGUUUUGUGUAUUAGAUGGUGGGUUAUCCUGAGCUUUGUCCUUAGGGUACUUUUUAGACUCCACCUUUGAGUUUCAAUUUUUUAUGCAUUUGUAGACAUUUGGUUAUAUUGUAUUUUUGUAUCUUUUUUGAGAUUAAAUAUAUUAAAUGAAUAAUCUUACUAAAGUUUAGAUACCAUGAUGACUAAUGGUUAAGUGUUUCCCAGUUUCUCCUCAUACACCUGAUUUAUUAUCAUUUGCCCUCAAAGCUUAUUUUCAUUUUUAGAUUUCUCAGUAAAAGGCUCCCUCCAUCUUUACCCCUUCUGGAUUUUCUUCCUCCUUAAGAGUGGACCAUGGACAAAUAACUACUGCUUGCUCAAAAAUAAGGGGAACUGAACAAAGUUCACUCAAAUUUCUUAGUCUUUUUGGCUGGGUGACCUCUUAACCCUUAAAACUUCCAAAAGAGACCAAGAUAUAAUUUCUCCUUACAAUAUCAAUAAAAUAUCAACCAGAUAAGUGAUGAGAAUAAAGAAAAAUAUAAAUUUGGGGAUAAUUAAUUGAUCUAAUACUAAAUUCUCUGAAUUAACAUUAUAAGAAGUGUAUGGUUGACAGUAAGGAGAAUUACAAAUUUGAUCUUGAAGUUAAAGGGUUAAGCAGGCCUAUUCAAAUUCUAGUGAUAUGUGACUUUGAUUUUGAUGAGGAGACAAAAUACCAACCAAGUUUCCUCUCAAGUUUUUUGUUUUUACUUGACUUCGAUAAUGAGCAGAAACAGCUUUUAAGAUUAAAAUGAGCUCACUUGAAGAUUCUUCAUCAGUCUAGUUGAAUUCGUUUCUCAGUCGGUACACAGGGUGAUAUUGCACAAUAUUUCAUACCCUCAGAUCUUGUCACAAAUGUUUCCAACCGUAUGUUCCUCGGUAGCAAGAGGUUAGAGGGUCUUUUGGAAAUGACUCCGUGAGUUCGUGUUGUCAUUCAGUCAUACGUCCUGCACCCCCGUUAAAGAAUCUGGAGAUGAAGGCACAGUGGAUUAGAAUUACUUCAAAUAGCCUGCGGCUUUUUAACUCAAGGCUCGGCUCUUUCGUACAUGUGACGGAGAUAAGCCGACUUUUAAAACCGCAAAAACUAAUCUGCAUCCCAUCUCGCGUAUGUUGAAUCAACUGUGAGUAAUUUGUUACGCGGAACUUCUGUUAUACAAUAUGAAUACUUAAGAGCACUAACGACAAAAGAUGUUGAGCGUGGAAAGAUCUCCUCCCACAACUUUCACUAAUCACGUUUAUCUCGAAAAUGUUAAUACAUGCGUUCCACGUGUUCUAGAAAGCCUUGCCUUUUUCACCCUCGACAACAACCCACUACAAGUAUUCAAUUGGUAACUCCAUCCAUGGGUUAUAACUCAGACCAGAGACCAGCUUAAGGUCAGCACUCACUUCAUCAAAUUAACAUCACUUUCCACGUUUUCCAACAUUCUAGUUUGCCUUUAAGAAAUAAACUUAUGGUUAGGCAGCUAGAUGUAAGAUUAAUACAGUAUUUCAAUAUUGCGGCUUAGCGCCGAUUCUGCGGAAUCUGGAUUUCUUUUCUUUUUUUUUUUUUUAGUACGCCGGAAAAAAUUUGGAAACGGCAAUCGAUGUCGAACUGGUAAAAAGUGUGACUAAAAGAUUUUGCGAGCCGUGUCUUUGUUAAUCGUUGCAUUAAAAAAAACUUGAAAUCUAAGAUAAACAACAUAAUCAGGUGUAAUUUUAAAAUCUUACGUGCUUAUUGCCGUGAGAGGUCUAGAGGGGGUGGGGGGAGGGGUUGAUAAGACGACGGAGUGGGGAGGGGGAGUGGGAAAGAGAAAGAGUCAUUCACUAUCCUAACUGAUGUAAGCUUCAUGAACCAGGUGUGACCUUCCAGCCUAUUAUUGGUUUUAUGUUCUAUGUUCAUCACAGGGAGGGCAGGAAUGACUUGGAGGGAAUAAGGGAAGGUUACGGUCAGUUUGUCCCGAUGCACUUUCAGUUUCACCCCCCUCUUGUUGAAUGUCAAUUACCUUCAGGUUAAAAAUAUCUCAAUGCUAAGUAUCAUGAUUGUUUUCGGUGUUAGAAACACACUUUUUUAAAAUUCACUAUCAAUAUCGCUCUGUCGCCAGACGGCAAUACCAAAGAGACACAGACAUUGUCUAGAACGUUUUUGAACCUCACGCAAAUGAAAAAAGGAAAUGAAAAAAUUCCAGUCAAUCCAGAUUAAAAACUGUUAUCGAUUCAAAUCUCAAAGAAGCCCGCCAGUCGCAAAAAAAAGCUUUACUUUCGUAUUUUACUCCAUAUAGACACACCAUCGCUUCUGGUUGUUUUCCAUUUUAUUAUUUUUUUUCGAUAUGGGAGUCCUGUCAUUUAUGGGGUCAAGAUUUAGUUUGUAAGUACGGUACAAAUUCUUCAAACUCGAGCCUUUAUUUAUCAGCAAAUUUCUCGGUGUAGAUGGAAAAUUUUGCUUGAGGUUAGAACUAGGGUCAAGCGUCAAAAUGAUAUAAAAAAAAUAUCUCUUGAAAUAUCAACUGUGCCUUAUCUUUAACUAAUACAAUUAGAAAGAAAGAAUCUUAUACCGAUCUAAAACUGAAAUCGCAAGUCUGAAAAGAUUUUUCAUGAAUUGCGUUAAAAUAAUGGAAGGGAUGAUGUCGUGUAUAGCAUUUGUGAAGACGAGUUUACGCUCACUUGAACCAAAUUAUCAUUACAUGGUGCUUAGACACGAUCGAUUAAUUAGGCACCAGUAGUUUUUUUUUUUUUUGGAAAAAUUCUACUCGAUAGGUCAUGCAAUCCAACGAAACCUCUCCUGGGCCGAGAGCAACUUUUAAUCUCUCCAUAGUUACAAGGACAGAUACAAAAAGCUUUUUUUCCUACAUUUUAUCUUUCCGUUUGCAUUUUUCAACGAGUUCCCAAGCCAGCUUUCGAGCAAGUCUUAGAACAGGCUGUCCGGUAUAUCUAAUAGACUAAGGCAACUUGCCAGGGAGACACACAAAGCCAGCUCUAAUCAUUAUGAUAACCAAUUAUCAAGAUAAUUUACUCAUGGUGUCUUUUGACCUUUCACUUCUCAGGAGACUAAUUUUCUUCUGUUUUUAGACAGAAAAACUUCUAAAUGUUGAAAAUCGAACCAAGAUAUUUCAUCAGUUUCCAAAGAAUUCCAGCAUAAAUUUUUCUAUGUUCAUGAAAAGACGACUAGACAUUUUACUUAGCGAGUGAUCGACAAGGACUCUUUCAUGUGACUGUUGGCGUGCUCUCGCGGGACAAAAACAGCAUAAAAGAUGUAAAAUAGAGGAAAUGUCUUAAAAGAAAGACAGGGAAACAGCCAAACCAACAUGAUCAAAAACAAACCACAAAACGGGAAAUAUGAUGAUAAACAUAUUGUGAACUACAUGCAUUAGAAAAACUGUGCCCUAACGGGUAUCUUUUCGGAGUGUUCUCAGUUUUUCGCCAAAUCGCCUUUUCUUUCUCUUUGCAUCAAUUAAAUUUAUCUAAAAAUUUCAUUAUUCACACUUUUAUAACAAAAAUAAAAGUGAUGCCUUACACAUAGUGGACCACGGGAAGUUAUUAGAAUUCCAGACACGCAAACCAAACGAAGCAAAACUUUUUCUCCUCAAGAACAAUAUGGUGUUUGUCAAUAUUUUGAAUCAGAUAAUAAUGAAGUCUUGACAUUUUUCGGAUCGUAAUCUAGAACUGUUCUAAGCUCUAGAUCACUUUUUCAUCUUCCUAUUUGUUUCGUGAUGAGUGCUCUUUUCGAUGAAACUAUCUUAGAGAAGACAGCAAUAAAUUUAAUAAUACGAUAUUGAAUUAGAUUAGGUAAGGAACAAAAGGAAUUUAACAAUUUACUGUAGGAGCUCUAAGGCUUGAACUUGACCAGUGAUCCAAUAUUUCAGUACAAAGAUUCUUUUCUUAGCUUAUUUUGAAACAUUCUUAAGACUGUUAUGCUUUUUCACACAGGCCAAACAGUCACAUCAGAAAACAUAAACAUAUAAAAUGCCGUCUGUUGAUAAUCGUUGAUUGAAUCCAGGUUUUUCGAGAUUCCAUAAAGUAGAACGAAAACUGCAAUAUACAACAGGCUCAAUUACUUGUCACGUCACCGGACAUGAUCGAAAAAGGCUCGCCACAGGAAUGAUGUUUAGCGAGUUGGUUUUUACAGAAGGGCAAUAUAGGUAAAGCUGUUGUUUCUUCAAAUUAGAAACAAUUGCUGACAUUGUUUCGGCAUUAAUGGUCGCGAAGCCUCAGUGAGAGCAAAAACAGCUGUUUUAUCGGUUGAUUAAGGAUAAAGUUAAACACGAUUAGCUAUUCAAGACUGAAAUGAGCAGUGGACAAUCCGUUGGCCAAGAUGGGCCGGCAACUCAAGCACAAAAUGAACUGUCAGAUAGGCGAAAUUCUACUGAACUGGCCUCGACGCGAAGGAGAAGAAAGAUCUUCUGGGUGAGCAUCGUGUGUUGGCUGAUGAUUUUGUGCGUAACAGCUAUUAUAAUUAUAGCUGUUGUACACUUUCAAAACUCUAAAAGCGACAUAGAUCAGAUGAGUGCAGGCGCUCUUAUUGGAUUUGGAGUGUUGCUUAUUUUUGUGCUUUUGUGGUCGGGUGUAAUUUACUUCAAGUUUUAUCGUUCGAAAUCGAGAAGGGAUCCGCAACAAUACAGACCGAGCCGAGAAGAGUUUGUAGCCUUUGCCUCAAACGAGAUCGUUUCAAGAGGAGUUAGUUCAACAAUUUCUACAAAUAAUUCUGCAACGUAUAGUCGAUCUACUAAUAGCUCAGCCGAAGGGAUUAAUCCUGAACGUAUUAUAUAUCGCGAACGACGCUAUGACGACGAGCGACGUUACAACGACGAACGACGAGUUAUCGAUCAGGCCGUGGAAACACCAAUCAUGACUUCGAUUCCAAGUACGUCUAGAAUGACACGAGAAUACAUCGAUCGCCAACUUGCUCUUGUCGGGAGAUCACAUGCAACACAUCCUCCUGAACGCCAACGAACUGAAGCCGAACGCUCGCGAAUUAUCGUCGACUCCAAUCGUGCUCCUCCUCGUCAACAUCAUCGGCACUCAGUUCCAAUGCCUCCACCAUAUCAACCACAGGUAGUCCCUUCAUAUAGAGCAUCAGCAAGUUUACCCGCGGGUACCCCACCACCUGCUUAUGACAGAGUCUGUGGCAGGAGGAACCGACGCGAGUCGACGGCGUCAGAAGACAGCCAGUGUCUGAGUCCUCCGGCUUAUCAGUCGCGUCCUCCAUCACCAUCAGGUGGGAUAUCACAGGGGGUAGAUACCACCAACAUGUACCUUAAUCUACCUUCCCAACGACCAAGACUGGUGGUCGGUCGCCCUGUUUCCAUGCAAUUUCCCGUUGAAAACAUGAGACGCUAUGAAGUAGCGACGAGCCAACCACGUCAGCAAUUGUCACUACCAUCAACUGGCAGAAUUUUAUCAGAAAAUGCCAUUUAUCCUGUGCCAUCGAGAGCAAGGCGAGUUUCUCCUCCUGCAAUACAAACUACGGCAAUCACAUCAAUGGCGCCCUACCAUCAACCACAACACAGAUCAUCAGCAUCUCCACAUUACCAUGUAUCACCCCAUCUGCCGAAUUCAGCAUCACUUCCCCCCCUUGCCCUUGCACGGGGCCCACCAUCAAGUCCAACACACCAGCCUGUUUCACCACCAUAUCCUACAGCGCAUGUACCAUUUUCUCUCCCUGUCUUAGCUUUAGGUGCUCCAGAAAGCACGUCUCGGCUUUCGCUUACGUCAAACCGUCCUCCUUCUCCAAUACAAGAAGCUACUGAAGACAAUCAGGAAGAAAACGAGAACAAUAAAAUUGAAACGCCGCCAGCGGUGACAAGUGAAGUACGCAGACCUAGUGUCGUUCUUGUCUAUUUAUCACAAUCACCAGAGGAGGAUAUAAUCGUAUAA